GCCGUUAACCACACAGUUAACUAGCUGUUUUUUGGCUUUUCCGUUUACUGGCAGUUAUUAGACGGUAUUUUUGCAGACCUGAAAAUGGCCAAUAAACUAGACAGUUUUUAGGUGGUUUUUAGACAGUUAACACGUUGUCAACUGGCAGUUUUUAAGCAGAGUGUAAACUGGCAGUUAAUGAGCAGUUAAUUGCCCGUCUUUUUUCCCCUGGGAACAUUAUCAUUUGCAUGUUGCCUUGACGAAUACUGCAUCGUUUGAAGUAGCAAAAGCUAUGCUUGUAAUCGGAAUAAAAGUGAUAUUAUGUCGGAUAAAGUGAAGUACUGCAAGUUUACGAGAGAAAAAUCUUACUUAACACUUACCAGUUACAGAGCCCGAAACAAAAUGAAUUCGAUUCGAUCCAAUGCGACUGGAUCUUUUAAAAACCAAACUCUGUUCGAAUCGAAACGAGUGCUGAAUCGCAUUCAAUCCGUUUUAGUCAUUGAUCAGUUAAUCUACCACUAAUAAAAUAAUGACUUUUACCUGUUUAGUGUUCUUGACAGGCAAAACGACGUUCCUUUACCAAAUAAUUUUUAAGGGUAAUCUACAAGUAAUAAACCGUGUAGUUACUGCAGUUUAUUGCCUUCUUGUUAUGUAAUUUAUGCAUUUUACUUGUGUAUAUUUAUACACGAAUAAAACAAUAAUAAGGAACAACAAAAAGAAAAUAGUUUUGUUGCUACUAUGGCACCCUAUUCUGUGACUCGCAUGAAUACAUAAAGUAUCUCGUCAUGUCAGCCAUCUCUUGAUGAACGGAAAAAUACUUCGUUCUUUUCUUCCAACGAUGACUUAAAAAGCAAAAAACAUAACCACUCAUCGAAGCAUUUUUUCCUCAUAAACUUCUGACUGUUAUUUUUACUAUGAAUCAGGAUAUUAAAUAAUUUUUCAACGAAAAUAAAAUCAGUGGAUUAAUCACCAACACUUUUACUUGUAUAGCCGCUGCACAAUAAUUAACAUUUGAGAAUUGUAAAGAACAUCUGUAAAGGUAUCGUAUUCAUGUUGGUGGUACCAUAUGGAGUCGACACAGAUUUGGCUGAAGUAUUUUUGCAUAUGAGUUGAAGAAAAACCUUUUUUGCAAGUUGCUUAUAAGCAUAAGGUCAUGACUAAUAUAAAAUAUGCCUGUUCACGUCUUGUUAGAUAAAUGUGUUCUAAGAAUGGACUUAAGAAUGAAAAAUCCUCUAUUGACAUGCAGAAUUCUCGAUCGUUGAUAGGAACUGCAGAAUGAAUUUGAACCUUAAAAUUAGGUUGCCCUUUUGUAAAAAUGGUCUAUCGUGUUGUUCAACAUUAGAAAGAAGAGUAAUGUAUGUUAAAGUACUCAAAAUCAACUAAGGUGGUAGAAAAUUACGACCCAGACUGUUUUGAACAAGUUUUGCUCCACGAAUAUGUCGUAAUUGUGUGUGCGGCUGUUUUUCACAGCCUUAUUUCUUGCUUCCUUCUCCCAUUUACAGUCUAUUUUCAAUCUAACCUGUUAGAUUGCUCUCGCCCUAGACAAAAUCCUAUGCACUUCUUAUCUGUUUCCUACCAGGAUCCUAAAAAUUUAGGAUCCUAUUAUGAUCGGUGUAGGAUCCUAAUCAUUUCCUGACAGGAUCUGGGAUGUUAGGCUCCUACCAAGAAUCUCAGAUCCUAACAUUUAGGAUCCUGCUAGGAUUUUGUUCCUUAACGAAUAAGGAUAGUUAAUCUCAGGUUGAAAUAAUAAAUGUAUACACGCCUUUUUUAAAUGCUUUAGAGUUACAAAGAAAUAUUUAGUAGCUUUUGGUCAAAUAAUGAGAACGAAUGGAGAAAUUUCGCGAGAGAUAGAAACAUAUAAGCAAUCCUAUGAAAUUCCUGCUCAAGAAUUAUCUUUUCCUACUAAAAUCCUAAAUAAUUCCUGCUACAUUAUGAUUCAGUCAUCGCAUUUUCUUGCUAGGAUAAAGGAUGGGCAGAACGGAAGAUAUCUAUGGCACGAAGACAAAGACAGGGACGGAUCUAGAAAAAAUUUCCAGUGCUGGCGGAACAUAUCUCAUUUUUGUGAUUUGUCUAUCAGACUGCAAAUAAUGUCAUUUUCCCUACUCAAAUCCUAUUUUCUCGAUUUUUAAACUCUUCUGUAACACUGUACAAAUUUGACAGCGUAUGAUGCGGACAGGUAAGAUGUAACGAACUAAAACAGAGUUCAGGAAGGUUGAAAACAUAGUAUCUAUAGGUAUUCUGGAAUGUUCUUUCCAGUAAUAUACUCACUCAAAAAUCAAAAGAAUUUAUUGAGGGUGUAUCAAGUUUGAUUAAAAAAGCUAUUGCACCUUUACAACAACGUGUCAAAUUACUGGAAGAUCGUUUAGAAAAAUUAGAAUCAAAUGGAAAUGUCGAACAAUUAGUGAUUGAUACAUGUUCGAGUAUAGGUGUCAGUAUUACAUCUGGUGAUAUUUCUGUGUGUCAUAAUUUAAUUCGUAGUGGAAGUAAUAAUAAUCAAAAGCAACUACGAAAUCAAGCACUACGUGAAAUUAUUGUUCGAUUUAUUCAUUAUAAAUCCAAAUCAAAUAUAAUGAUGAACAAAAAACGUUUAGACAAAGCUAUAUCGAUCAACGAAGAUUUGAUACCGCAUAACUAUAAGUUAUUUAAAUACGCCAAAUCAAAAUCAGACAAGAAAAAGGUACGCACAUUAAAUGGAAUUGUCAUAUAUCACGAUGGUAAAAAGAAUGUUAAUUUAUUUACACAAAAUGAUGUUAAUUAUUUAUUAGAUGAAGAAGAUGAUUGA